AUGGCUCGCAGGCGUUCAGACCGGAUUGGCAUGAGGCCGUCGAGCAGUUGGUGGCAGGAGCCAGGGGACUCGGAGAGCAGGUUUUCGCUGGAGGGGACAAGUCUCUCUGGGACCUCCUCUAACCACCCAGGUGAAUCAAGGAACCCUUUGGCUGAAGCCCCAGUGCCCCCAGGCGAGGUCCUGCAUACCGCAGAAGGGGUAUGCAGGUUCACAGGACAGCAGCUGAGUUGGUGGCAAACCCAAGGGUACUGCGACCAGAGCCUUGGCCACCUGGCAUUGGGGCUCCUAAACAGGACUCUCACUCCACGUUUGCCCAACUUGUUCGCUGACGGUAGGCGACACACCGGGUUUCAGGGACUCAGCACCUGUCACCUGGUGCCUUAAGGUAUCCUUGUGCUGGGUCAGGAUCAAAAUUUCCCAAGUGAUAGAUUCUUGGUCUAUGACACAUUCAGUGGCAACCUCACUGACUUCCACCUGUGGGACCGGGCAGUGAGCCCCGCGCAGGUGAGACAAGCUUGUGCCUGCGUGCAACCCCCAGGGGGACUCCUCUUUCAAUAGGACCCAGAAGCCCUAAGCUUCAUGUCCCCGCUGUUGCUGGCCAUGAGCGUGCGCCUGCUCUGUCCUGUGCCCACAGAGGAGUGCCCCACGUGGAACGCAGGAUCCAGCCCCAAGGGCUCUUCUGAACUCUGCUUGAACCCACAGCCCUUUCUCUGCUGCUACCAAAUAGGGCCCAACCUGGCCUCCACUCUUUUGCAGAGACUUAGCAGCAGCUCCAGGUUAUGGCCAGAUCAGGAUGUCAUCAGCAGAGUCAAUGCUUUGGCCCGUGCCACUGUGCUUCUCCCAACCCCCUUCUCUGAAGCUCCUGGGAUCCUGUCCUUGGACAAGGCUUCUAGCUUCCUGGGACUCCUGGAGAGAAUCCUGGCAGAAGAGAGUCCCCUGGGGCCUGCGGCCCUGCUGGCCAUCCUGCACUUUCUGAAGAGGCAGAGCUGAGGAGCCGUCAAAUGGCUCCAUUUGAUCCCGGGCCUGGAAGUCCAAAGCCUGCUCCUGAUGGAGGCCAACACUGCAGGGCACACAUUCACCGCUCCUGGCAGGCAUCCAGGUGUACCAGGGCACAUCCUCAUCCCUGCAGGUGAAGUGAGGCUGCUCCUAGGGAAAGGCGGAUUGUCAGCGGCUGCUUGGUACUCACUGCACCUGAAUUCUACCACCUGCUUCUGCAACCACAGCAUUAGCUUUGCCAUCCUGCUGCAGGUGUUUGAAGUCCAGGGAGGCCCUGAAGAGGCAUCACUGCUGCGGACUCUGUUUGUGGACUAUGGCGUGUCCCCGUGUGCUCACCACCUUCCCAUAUCAGGGCUCUGUUUUCCAGUAACAGGGGUCCCCACUUCUAAGUGGACCACAAUCCACAAGAACCUCACUCUUUCCCUGACCUCUGCUGAGGGCUUCCUCAUGACCAGUGAGUGGGCGAAGGCCAACAUGGUGGCCUGUGCAACUGUCACGGCUGCCAUGAAUCUUCUGUUUCCGGCUGCCUUCCCCUGGCUCCAAUGGAGCAAGGUGGUAGCUGUGAGCAUGCACCCAGGCCCCAGGAUGAGGCUGGGCAUUCCUGUGGCCUUUGUGGCCAUUAUAACAGUGCAACCCUAUGGCUGCAUGACUUCUGGACACUGCUGGCUCCGUGCUCACACCGAUGACAUCUGGGCCUUUGUGGGCCCCAUGUUGUUUGUGCUGAUGGCCAACACCUGCAUCCUGGUCUGUGUGAUGGUGAUGGUCACCGUGUCCAGCGCCCACUGUCGUGCACGCGAGCUUAGCCCAGAGCCUGGUCUGCAGCAGAAGAUCAGGUUCUGGAUGUGGGUUCUGGUAAAGCCGGUGCCUACUCUGCCACAGGUGCUGGCUCUGCCGCCUGUCCUGGGCCUGACCUAACUGGUUGGCCUCCUAGUGCACCUGAACCCAGCCUGGGCCUAUGCUGCUGUGGGCCUCAAUUCCUUUCAGCCCCCACCCACUGGCACAGCCGUCUACAAGAACAAGAGCCACUGCAGCGCCUCUGUGCUCAAAUGA